ACUCGUUGAUCACAAAAUCUAAACCAUAUGCAGUGUAAUGUCUGAGAGCAAUGCGGAAGAGUAAUUUUGUAUUUUCUUCCGAAAAUAACAGGUGGUGGUUGGUACUGUCUUGUUCUUGGCAGUUUGAGGAAAUGUUCUUAUGACAGAAAAUCCUUCGACAUCAUACCUUGUUCUUAGAUUUUUAUUUAAAUUACACAUUGAAUUAAUCGCUAUACACCAUGAGAUAUCUUAGUAUUGCUUUGAUUUUUAUUUGUUUUUCUUAUGGAAAAAGUUGGACAACAGAGGAUAUGGAACUGUUUGAUCUGGUUGAAAAUACUCCAACCAAUUUUUAUGAUGUUUUAGGUGUUGAUCAAAAAGCUUCCCAGAGUGAAAUUAGAAAAGCUUAUAGAAAGCUGUCUACAUUGUAUCAUCCUGAUAAAAACAAAGAAGCUAAUGCAGAGGAUACUUUUCGUAGGAUUGCUGCUGUUGCUGAUGUUCUACGUAAUGAUGAAAGGAGAAAAACGUAUGACCUAAUAUUGAAGACCGGAUUGCCAGAUUGGAGAGUGCCAAUAUAUUAUUAUAGACGUGUUAGGAAUAUGGGUCUGCUGGAAAUGUCCAUAUUCCUUUUCUGCCUUGCUACAUUUGCUCAAUAUUUAUUUGCUUGGUCUGCAUAUUGGGAAAAAAAGUAUGAAAUUGAGGAAGUUGUACUGUCCAAAAUAAGGAAAAAAAAUAAAAAUCAGAGAAAAAUGAAAAAUUCCACUUUAAAUGAAGAUGCUACUGUUUCGGAAGUUUUGUCAACUCUGCAAAAACCAAGGUGUCAGGAUUUGUUUCCAGUUCAGUUGUUUUACUUUUUUAUACAUGUAAUAAAGUCAUCCCCAUCUUACAUAGCAUCCUGUCGGAACUAUUUUAAAGUUCAAAGACCUGAGCCUGAAGAAGAGGAAGAGGAAGUGCAAGAAAUACGUGUGAGGCCCAGGAAGCAAGUAAAGCCAAAAGUACCUGAUUAUUCUAGUAUAACUUCAUAUGAAAGUUCUGAUAAUGAAAGAACAAAUGGCCAAGCAGUUGUAGAGAAAGAAAGCUUGGAAUCAAAAAAAACAUGGUCGAUGGAAUCUUUGACUGAGAACCAAGUUUUAGAAUUUAAGAAAGCUAUGAAAAAAUUUCCGAAUGGAACUUUACAACGAUGGGAAAAAGUUGCUGCUUAUUUAAAUUGUUCAGUUCCAGAGGUUGUCACUAUGGUUAAGCAGAUGAAGAAUCAGCAGUAUUCUCAGCAUAUACCACUUUCAAUGCAAGGUGUGACUGGUACUGAAAAUGAGAAUUUUGGUUCUGAAUUUUAUGAGAAUAAGGAUGUCAAACAUGAAACUUCUGGCAAUCAUGUUUUUGAAAAUGGUAUAUUAAAUGAAGUGCCUGAAGUUGAAUCAAAACAAAACAGAAACGAAUGCAACUCUAAGCCUGAGAAGAUAUGGAAGCAAGAAGAACAGCAAGCUUUAGAAAUAGCUUUACAAAAGUAUCCUAAAGACACACCAGCCCGCUGGGACAAGAUAUCUGAUUUUGUUUCAACUAAAUCAAAGGAGGAAUGCGUAGAGCGGUUCAAAAUACUUGUACAACAAGUUAAGAAAAGGAAAGACAAAGCAGUUUAACUUUGAAGAUGUAAAAAGUAUUAAUUGCAGCUACAUGUCCACAUUUCCACUCUUGAUAUGCUUAUGUACAUAUGUAUUUAUUACUUUAACUAAAGUGUUUUUUCUUGUAAAAAAGGUUGAAUUUCAAAUAAAAUAUCUCAGAUAA